AUGUUGCAAGUAUCGUCUUCAACUGUAUCAAACGAACACCAGCUGGAUCUUCAUAACAAUAAUCAAUCAGACUUAGAGUCACAAUCACAACCUAAACCAAUUAGCAAAAGACUUGUUACAAACAACACAGACGAUAAUUCUUUUACCUCCGUAGUUGACAGUAAUAGUGACAGCAAAAACCCUAGCAACACUAAUAACGUUGCAAAGUCAUCUUCAACAAAUACAAAAUCGACACCGACACCGACGCUGACACUGACACUGACAUCGAAAACAUUAUCACGACCAUCAGACACAGCAUCUACAUCUAGUUCAAAGAAUAAUAAAUUUCAGGACAAUCAACAUCACACAGCCAACGACCAGAUGCUGAUAUCAACUACCAGGCAACAGCAGACUACUCAUGGCAAAGAUAAGGGAGAGGAGCCAAGUAUAGAAAAAGGACUGGCAAAAAAGGACAUUGCGCAACAACAGCAACAAGAACAACAGUCCCAACCACAAGAACAACAGCAAUUACCAUCACCUACUUCAUCUUCGUCUCGUCAUAGCAAAAAUACACCUAAUGAAUCAUCAAAGACACCAGAGUCACUGCAUCAACCAACAUUAAACCCUACUGAUCAAGACCAAGUUUCAAAUUCUGUCAAUAGCAGAUCAGACUUGAUGUUUGCCAAAAAAGACUUGAGUAGAUCAAGAACUCAAUCAUUUCAAUCGGUACUAUCUACCGUCUCUUUAAAAUCACUUAAACAACAACACCAACAACAAUUAGCUUUGACAAGUACCAAUAGUAACAACAACAACAACAACAACAACGGUAUAGUUGGUAACAAUGCAACUGCUAGUGGACCUCAACUUAGUAGAACAAAUAGCAUGAUUAGUAGUUCACAGCAGCAACAACAACAACAGCAGCAGCAGCAGCAACUAUUACGUACUAACUCAGGAAUAUAUAACAACAGUUCAUCGAAGAAUUUUCAAUCGUUCAUACAAGCACCAGUUUUGUCAAGUAUCACAAAAAAUCAAAGACUGACCGACGAACUACAGAUUGGACAGCAAGAACCAUUUGAUGAUCAGGCUUCUUCUUCUCAUACAAAUGACAAGAUAAAACGCGGCAAAUCUGAGUCGAACAUUAAUAACAAGGCAAAUUCUAAUAUCAAUAAUGAUGAUGACGAAACUUUACAGCAACAACGGAAUUUGACAAUAAAUGCAUUAAAGAAGUUGAGUUUAUCUCCACGUCCGCUUACAAACCCAGAUGAUCUCAAUCUUCAUCCUAGUACAGCGAUUAACCAUGGUGUUAGCAGUACAAGCGGUGGUGGAAAGUCGAAAUACCAAGAGCCAUAUCAACCAGCAGAAGUUGACUUGUCUUCAUUUGCAAGUCUUACAAGACAGCCAAGAAUUGCAACAAAUAAUAGCAGCAGCAGUAGCAACAACAACAACAACAGCGGUCAAUCGGAAAGGAUCAUUAGUCCAUUAGUCAAUAAGAAGCCAUCGUUGCCAAAGCUCCCCGAAGGGCAACUUGCUACAAUCGAGUCCACAACUGCUAAUGUUGAUUUGCAUCAGUAUCAUCAAAAUUUAAAGGAGCUGCAAAUGGAGGCGUUUGAAAGACAACAAGCCCAAACAAACAGAUUUGCUCAGUCUCAAGGCAAUAGCAACAAUAAUAAUAAUUACAACAGGCAACAACAAUACUCACAACAAUUUCAACAACAUCAGCAGCAACAACAACAACAACAGCAGCAGCAGCAGCAGCAGGAUCAGUAUAAUCAACCUUAUAGACUGCAAAUGCUUCUGAAUUUGACGCAUUCAACAACCAUAAAUCAGAAUCAACGAGUGCCUGCGGCUGUAUUACCCCCUUAUGAUUUGAGUUCGAGAAGAAAGCCCCUGAAUUCUGCACUCCACACUAUGAGUUCUCAACAACACCCACAACAAGGCCAGCAAAAUCAGCAACAAGUAAACCAACAGCAACAAGUAAACCAACAGCAACAAGUAAAUCAACAGCAACAACUGCAGCAGUCACUCCAACAACAAUUGGUUCAAAAUAACUUGAAUCAAAGAGCAAAAGCUAAACACCUUCAACAAAUCAAUAGUCUUCGAAAUCCCAUGUAUGUCCCCGCCGUUUUACGAGUGACUCAAAAUGGAAUUAGUAAUACUUCAAGUCGAUCAGGGACAAACUCUCCAGAUAUGCCAUCAAACUCUCCAGUAAAUCGUUCAUCAACUCCCGAAGCUGGAUUUGAGUCCCAUCUACAAGCAUUUGAUCAACGUCGAGACCAGCCUACUAGCACAUCUUCACUUAGAUCUACCGACUCGACCAUUUCUGCAGAUUCAGGAUCAACAGCCAAGUUUGGAAACUUCAGUACACUCAACAAAUUCUUGAGUACUGGAACAUUAAAUAAGAAAUAUGACUAUAUGUCGCGAGCACCUCCCACGAGAAAGCACUGGGCCAAAGACGAAACAGCGCAAAAAUGUAGUAUACCUUCAUGUCCUAAACAAUUCAACUUUUUUGAGCGAAGACACCAUUGCAGAAAAUGCGGACAGAUAUUCUGUAAUGAACAUACGUCUCAUUAUUUGUACAUCAAUCACUUGGCACAGUUUACUACUGGUGGCAGAGGCACAUUGUCCAAAGUCUGCGAUAAUUGCAUAACCGAGUACAACGAUUUUAUACUGCAAGAAUUUGGAGUACAAAUAAACAGCACAAGACUGUUAUCUCCACAGAGAGAUGUUAGUCAUUUUAGUGGGGGUAGAAGCCAGAACAUGAACAACAACAGCAAUGAUAGCAAUAUCGCAGCACCUGCAGUCCCCCACCAUUCCGUGACUGGAACGGAUCCGAACGCACCAAAGAGAACACAAAUCCAAAAUUUCAAAGACAGUAUAUCUGCUGGAGGAAAUAAUAGUGCCAAAGGAGGGGCAAAUGACCGUGGAGAUCAAUUGGUCGGAAGUGUUCCCGCCAAUUGGAGUUGGAGUUCUUUUUAA